UUAAGAGGCGCGGCCGGCCGGGACCCGACCUAGACGCGGGCUGCGCCUGGACUCUCCGCCGCUGCACUCGGGCCGCGCCGCAGCGCUCCGGCGCCUCCUCUCGAGACCGCCCUCCGCAGCGAUGGACGGAGACGGGGAACCAGAGAGCGUGGGCCAGCCGGAGGAGGUGGGCCCCGAGGAGCAGCCGGAGGAGGGGUGCGCGGAGGAGUCGAUCGCCGGGGAGGAGCGCCCCGAGGAAGAGGAGGAGGCGGCGGCGGCGUCCCUGGACGAGCUGCCCGAGCCGCUGCUGCUGCGUGUGCUGGCCGAGCUGCCGGCCGCCCAGCUGGUGCAGGCCUGCCGCCUGGUGUGUCUGCGCUGGAAGGAGCUCGUGGACGGCGCCCCGCUGUGGCUGCUCAAGUGUCAGCAGGAGGGGCUGGUGCCCGAGGGCGGCGCGGAGGACGGGCGCGACCACUGGCAGCAAUUCUACUUCCUGAGCCAGCGGCGGCGCAACCUGCUGCGCAACCCGUGCGGGGAAGAGGACUUAGAGGGCUGGAGCGACGUGGAGCACGGUGGGGACGGCUGGAGGGUGGAGGAGCUGCCCGGAGACAGUGGAGUGGAAUUCGUCCACGAUGAGAACGUCAAGAAGUACUUCGCUUCUUCCUUUGAGUGGUGUCGCAAAGCGCAGGUCAUUGAUCUGCAGGCUGAGGGCUACUGGGAGGAGCUGCUGGACACCACGCAGCCGGCCAUCGUGGCGAAGGACUGGUACUCGGGCCGCAGCGACGCCGGCUGCCUGUAUGAGCUCACGGUGAAGCUGCUGUCGGAGCACGAGGACGUGCUGGCCGAGUUUAACAGCGGGCAGGUAGCAGUGCCCGCAGAUGGCGAUGACGCAGAAUGGACGGAGUUUCCCGAGGCUGCUUACAUUCCUUGGCUGGUGGCCCCUGCCCUGGACUAUACUGGGCUGCGUCUGAACGCCUCCAUCUCCCUCGUCUCCCUCUCCCUCUUCUAAAGUCCCUUGUGGUUACAUUGGGCCCACUUGGAUGAUGCAGGAUAAUCUCCCUACUUUAAGGUCAGUUGAUCAGCAGUUUAAUUCCAUCUGCUGCCUUAGUUCCCUUUGCCAUGUAACCUAACAGUUCACAGGUUAUGGAGGCCAUAGACAUCUUCGGCGGUGGGGUCAGGGGCACAUUAUUAUACCAACUGCAGCCUGUAGCAGCUCUACAGACAGUGAGUGUGUCUGUGUGUGAAGCCACAUGUUUUAUGUAUCCAUAUAACAACAUAUAUUUAUUAUGUCUCAGGGUGGGAGCGAUUUAUUAUAUAUGUAUGUAGAUUGAUGUGUGUGUGUGUAUUCUACUCAAUCACCCUGGAGGAAUUAUCUAUCUUUUCUCUGGAAAAUGGCAUUAUAAAAUCUUGACAUAUGACGAAAGAAUCCAAGAGUAUGCAGCCAAAAAGGUGAGAAGAAACAUAUUAUAGAGUUGUGUUAGACAGUUAAUA